GAUAAAUCUUUCAAUAAUGCGAUUGUGAGUCUGCUAUUGAUUCAAGAAUGUACCGAAUGGUUCAGGCUUGACGAUUACGGUACUGAUCGCCUUAACUAUUACUAUUCAACAAUGGUAAUUAUGGUGUUAUCAGUAACGAUUACUGCUAAGCAAUAUGUUGGUUCACCGUUACAGUGCUGGGUACCGGCUCAGUUCACGAAAGCCUGGGAGCAAUAUGCUGAAAAUUAUUGUUUUGUGUAUAAUACCUAUUGGGUACGGCCUGAUGAGGACGUUCCAGAUUCAGUCGAUACGAGAGUCGCUCAACAACUGAUAUACUACCAAUGGGUUCCUUUCAUAAUGGCUCUAGAAGCAGCAUUCUUUUAUUUCCCCAUGGUAUUCUGGAGUCAAGUAAACAACAGUGUCUACCUAAUCACAAAAAUCAUUUACGUUAUCAAUCUCGUCAUGCAAUUCCUCAUGAUGAAUAAGUUUCUUGGUCAGAAUGAUCCAUAUUGGGGCGUGCACAUACUUAGCGAUAUUCUGACUGGCACUGAUUGGGAGCUCAGUGGAAACUUCCCCCGAAUAGCCAUGUGUGACUUUCAGGUCCGUGUUCUCGGCAAUCUUCAACGAUACUCAAUUCAAUGCGUACUGUCUUUGAAUAUGUUCAACGAGAAGAUCUUUCUAUUUCUGUAUUUUUGGUUUAUUUUGGUCGGGAUCCUGACCGCAUUCGAUGCCAUUCACCUUGCCUACUCAACUCGAUUAAAUUCACAAAAAUUACAAUUUGUACGAAAGUUUAUCAAGUCGACAGCGGAUGAAGACGAUCUUAUGGAAGAUUUUUGUAUAUAUCAAGUAAAUCCCGAUAUGAUUGUGAUAUUGAAUAUGAUUGGCGCACAUGCUAAUGAUGUCAUUUCUAGUGAAGUUCUCCAACAAAUGUGGAAAAAUUACAAGAAACGACGAGAAGAAAUUGGUCAUGAUCUCACAUUUCCGCAAGUGAAGAAAAACGGUGAUGUAGAGGAGACGAGACCGCUAAUGUUUACAUAA